AUGGGUCUCGAAGACCUUGCCUUGAACCGUCAGAAGCCCAUACUUGUGCAAUCCCUUUCUACGCGUCAACCACUUUCAAGUGACUUGGGAUCAAAGAAAACGGAGACGCGGUUCUGGUGGCCACGUUUUGGCUUUCAUAAACGACCGUCUUGUCUCUGAGGUUCAAGUUAACCUUGCAUGGAAUAUCUCAACUCACGCAUUCUAGCACGACGAUAUAAACAACAUCUCGUAAGACACCUGUACUUCCAGAACCGACGCCGAGGGCGGUUCACCAGCCCAUUGAAACUCCAGCCAGUUCAUGCUCUGCGUUGACGCUGUCCUAUCACGUAACACAUGUUUCACGUUCAACAUACAUUGUAGUCCGACACAGUGUCGCCAAUCGUUCACUUCAACAACAAAAUCCGACGUAUUCAACUUUUACAUGAUCUUGCAAACCUCUCGAGCCUUCUAUUCAACCUCGAAACCUUCACUCUCCCUGUGAACUUGAUGACAUGGCAGUCGGGCCUGUUCUCCAAAGCAUCCACGUCAUACUUGGGGGGACGCCGUCCAACGUCUGCCGGGGGUGAGAG